UAUCUUCCGCUUCCGGUGUCCCUUAGAGCCAUGGCCGCCGCCGCAGUUGCUGCUGGCCCUGGGGUGCCAGUGUCCCCGGACGAAUUGCUCCCGAAAGGCGACACCGAGAAGACUGAGGAGGAUCUGGAAGAGGACGACGACGAGGAGCUAGAUGAGACCCUGUCGGAGAGACUAUGGGGUCUGACGGAGAUGUUCCCGGAGAGGGUCCGGUCCGCGGCCGGAGCCACUUUUGAUCUCUCCCUCUUUGUGGCUCAGAAAAUGUACAGGUUUUCUAGGGCAGCCUUAUGGAUCGGGACCACCUCCUUUAUGAUCCUGGUUCUUCCUGUUGUCUUUGAAACAGAGAAGUUGCAAAUGGAGCAACAGCAGCAACUGCAGCAGCGACAGAUACUUCUAGGGCCCAACACAGGCCUGUCAGGAGGAAUGCCAGGGGCUCUACCUUCACUUCCUGGAAAAAUCUAGAUUGUCACUGCUAUAUCUGAGCUGUCUUGGUGGGAGAAGUUUGCAAUUCAAUAGUGUUUGAACUGCUGAUUAUUUGGAUUUUUUUUUUUUUUUUUAACUUUGGCACAUUGAUCUAUUUAAACUUGAUGGGAAGAAUGCUUCCAAUACUGUCUCACGGACUCCCAAUCUGCAGCUGUGCCCUCACUCUGUCCUGACUGUGCCCUCACUCUGUCCUGACUUACUUCUUCUGCCUUCACUCUGACACCAGAGUGCAGCGGUGCAGACGGUUACUCGCCACCCCACCCCUCACUAAAUUGCUCCUAGUUGUUCUGGAAGAGCCCCCCACUCUCCCAUUGUGCGGUAGAAACUGAUGCCAGUGGGAGGAGUGUACUCCUGACCACUGGUGACUGUUCUUUUUUUUUUUUUUUUUUCCCCAGAAUGGAGAUGUUGGGGAAGGACAUGCACACAGUAUGAACAGACAAAAUGCAUUAUAGGUGUAGCCAAAUCAGCCACUGGGCAUCUUUCUGUGUGCUGGGGUGGAGGGAGGGCCAGCAGCAGCCUGGACCACAGGAUGGAGACAGGGACAGCAGGAGCUGGUUUCCCCUGCACAUUUUGGCUGUUCAAACUGUGUGUGUGUAUAAAAAAAAAAGUCAGUGCUCACUUUUUGUAUUUAAAUAUUAAAAACGAUUCCAACUGAAAGUGUUAUCCAUAUGCUUGUGGUACAUGCCUCAGUGUUACUUAGACCAACCAGCUCCUGCCACUUUAGCUCACAAAGCAUCUUUGGAGGGCAAAGACCUGCACUGCCUCUUGCACUUCUUCUCACCAAAGCCAGCACCACCAUCUUAACAUCAUUGGCCCUUGAGGCCCAUGUUAGUUAAGUUCCUAAAAGUAAAAUCUCUGAAGAAAAUUGUUAGCCAAGAACUUCCUCUAAUAAUUUUUGCCCUGAAUUCAGGCGAUCACUUUUAGACCCACUAGCCUAAAACAGAGAGUUGAGUGAGUCCAUGUGCUUGUGUAGUCUACAAUGACAUGGCACAAUUAUAAUGUACUUAUAAAGAAUGAUGGACAGUGCUGAUUUCUAGUCUGGGGGACCUGCCAGUAGAACUUUGUUGUGACCUAGUUUAUUAAAAUAACUGCUGAGGUGAGCCACUGAUAAAUCCAA